CUUUUGAGAGUAGUGAUUCAUUAACUGACGGUGUUGUCCAGCAAUUUCAUAUGUUUAGUAGUUAAAUAUUUAAUAAAGUACUAUGUUAAUUAAAGAAUACCGUGUAACAUUGCCCCUAACUGUAGAAGAGUAUCAAGUCGCUCAGCUGUUCAGCGUAGCUGAGGCGUCCAAGGACAACACCGGCGGUGGAGAGGGCAUCGAGGUCCUGAAGAAUGAACCGUUCACCAACUACCCGCUACUUGGUGGCAAAUACAACAGUGGACAGUAUACUUACAAAAUUUACCACUUGGCGAGCAAAGUGCCGGCCUUCAUAAGGCUUCUUGCCCCGAAAGGCAGUCUGGAGAUCCACGAGGAGGCUUGGAAUGCCUAUCCUUACUGCAAGACUGUCCUUACGAACCCGCUCUAUAUGAAAGACAAAUUCAAAUUAGUAAUAGAGACUAUGCAUUCUCCCGAUAGAGGCCGCCAAGAAAAUGUUCACGAACUGUCCGCAGACAAAUUGAAGCAAAGAGAGGUGGUAUUAAUUGAUAUCGCCAAUGAUAGUGUAGCAUCGGGUGAUUAUAAGGAGGAGGAAGAUCCCACUAAAUUCAAAUCUCAGAAAACGGGACGAGGCCCAUUGAUCGGACCUGACUGGAAGGACAAAGUGGAUCCUGUGAUGACGUGUUAUAAAUUAGUUACCGUAGAAUUUAAAUGGUUUGGUUUACAGACAAGGAUAGAAAGUUUUAUUCAAAAAUCUGAAAGGCGACUUUUUACAAAUUUCCAUAGGCAAGUUUUCUGUUCGAUCGACCGCUGGUACGGCCUUACAAUGGAUGACAUCCGGGCGAUAGAGGACAAGACGAAGGAGGAGCUCGAGGCGUUACGUCGAAAGGGCGAAGUGAGGGGCAUGCGGGCAGAUUCGGAUUAAGUACCCGUCGGAACAACAACUAGCUAAUUUUAAUUUAUAACAACUUAAAAUACACCAAAUUAUUACGGGAGCUGUCUAAAACUACAACUAAAUCUGGCGGGGCCGACCGGAAGGUUAACCAAGCUAGCCUCUCACCCGCGUCGCCGUUAAAACUCAGUAUUUUUAAGUAUAAAUGGAUUUUAAUUUAUUUUUAAAGUUUAUAUUGCAUUUACGAGUCUUAUUAUAUUAAAAAAAUAAAGUAAUUUUAUAUUUAACGUAGUUACCACGAUUUUUUAUAGGUGUUUUUCUCUAGGCAGUUCUGAGCGGCCUGUUAUAACUAAAAAAAAAAGUAACGAUUAAGUGUUCCGGAUAUAAAUUAAGUUAGGGAAAAAUAAUGAAAAGGUUUCUUGCAUUUUUGCGCAUGGUGUAUCACUUCAGAAUUUUUUAUUAUAUUAUGUUAAUUUUAUUUAAAUAAAUGUUUAUUUUAUAA